AUGAAGCAAUCAGUGGUUGCGUGCCUCCCGAACGAAAUGCGAACUGGCAAAGUGGCAGCGGAAGAUACCGUGGAUCUAAUGACCAUGGAUCCAGGGCAACACAGGAGUUGGCGGGUGGCACUAUACUACUGCUAUAUCGAUCUAUCCAAUGUGCCAGAUCACGUCGAAUUUCAUCGUCACCUGUGCAAAAAUCUCUCACUGAAAGGGAGAAUACGAGUCUCUUCAGAUGGAUUGAAUGGGGUGCUGACAGGACAGCUUGUCGAUUUGAAGCAGUAUGAAGACAAAGUAUUGAAGCAAUUACUGGAGCUCGGUACUCAUCAAUCACAAAGCAACAUGAUAGAUUUGAAUACCAAGUACUGCUUCUUGCGAGAAGAUUUGCCGAUUCUACCACAGUUAUUUGACAAACUCAUCUGCAAGGAAACCAGUAGUGUCAUUUGUUUAUUUGACAAUUACCAGCCGGCAGGAACGGCUGCCUCUUCCACAAAAGAGAAUAGAAACCGCCGUUCGAAGCAGAACAAUCGAAGGGUGCGGAGGAAGAAGCAGCGUCAAGAGGAAAAGAAACACCAGAGCGACAAAGAUAUAUCGGAGGAACGGGCUACAUUGGUGGCUGAGCUCCCUCGUAUUCAAAACGCAAUGAUGACGCUCUCACCGUCACAGCACCUGACAACCGAAGAAUGGAACGACAAACUUCAAAACGCGGACGGAGAGAAUGCCCUGCUCUUGGACGUUCGCAAUGUAUAUGAAAGCAGAGUUGGGCAUUUCUCGGUCUCAAAUGUUCCAACACUACUCACAAAUACACGCAAGUAUUCCGACUUGCCAGAGCUCUUGGCAGAAAAUCCGAAUAUGAAGGACAAGGAGGAAGUCUUCAUGUAUUGCACAGGCGGAGUUCGUUGCGAACGGGUUUCCAUGAUGAUGCAAGCCAUGUAUCCACAAACAAAAGUGUAUCAACUCAAGGGUGGUAUUCAAACAUAUUUGCAAGAGUCAAAUAACAAGCAGAUGUGCCUAUUCAAGGGAAAGAAUUUUGUCUUUGAUCCUCGGCGGACAGAUCCAGUACAUCUUGGUGAAACAGUGGGACGGUGUUUGAUCUGUGAGGCCCCACACGAUGACUAUGAUAACGGCCAUGCUCCAAGUGAAAACAAAGAAGCCAGAUGCAAUACUUGUCGCAUGCUUGUUCUGAUUUGCAAUCAAUGUAGGCCAGGCUAUUUGUGCUGGGGUGAAUCCGAAAGAGAAGAUACGAAAUCUGACGGCGCUGGCUUGGAAGGAAACAGAUCAAAAGAAACGAGACCUUGGCUAUACUGUGCUAUUGACAGUUUGCCCAAACCAGCGAUAACGUCAUUUGCAAAUGGCCCUCGGGACUUUGAACUAUCUCUCUGCGUUGAAGAGACAACAAUGAUUAUGAUUUACUUUUUUUGUGGCCUGUAG